UAAGAGGAUCCAGGUUUGAUUCUCAGCACUCACAACCCACAGCUGUCUCUAACUCUAGUUUCAGACCUCUGUGGUCACAAGACAUGCCCCUGGUAUACAUACACACAUAUAUACAUACAUACACACACAUACAGGCAAAAUGUUCAUAUAAAAACAUAAUUUUUUGAGCUCCUAACAUGCAGCUUGAAUGUUUGGAUUGCAUGACUGACCCAAUUUUGAGGCCACAGAGGGACCCUGUAAUAUGCCUAAGCCUGGUGUGUUUGACUUUGUCAACAAAGCCAAGUGGGACGCAUGGAAUGCCCUGGGCAGCCUGCCCAAGGAAACUGCCAGGCAGAACUAUGUGGAUCUCGUGUUCAGUUUGAGUUCCCCAUCUGAAGUCCCAAGCCAGGGAAAGCGUGGAGCUGAUGAGAAAGCCCAGGAGUCCAAAGACAUCCUGGUAACUUCUGAAGAUGGCAUCACAAAGAUCACGUUCAAUCGGCCCACCAAAAAGAAUGCCAUAACCUCCCAGAUGUAUCUGGAUAUUAUACGCGCACUUAAAAAUGCCAGCACAGAUAACUCGGUCAUAACUGUUUUCACAGGGACUGGUGACUACUACAGCAGUGGGAAUGACCUAAAAAACUUGAUUAAUGACGCUGGUGAAAUACGGGACAUAGCCAUGUCUACUAAGCUACUGAGGGACUUUGUAAACUGUUUUAUUGACUUUCCGAAGCCUCUGGUUGCCGUAGUAAAUGGCCCAGCUGUGGGAAUCGCUGUCACCACCCUGGCACUAUUUGAUGCUGUCUAUGCUUCGGACAGGGCAACGUUUCAUACUCCAUUCAGCCAACUCAGCCAGAUCCCAGAAGCAUGCUCCACAUACACAUUUCCAAAGAUGAUGGGCCCAGCCAAGGCAGCUGAGAUGCUUCUCUUUGGGAAGAAGCUCACAGCAAGAGAGGCCUGGGCUCAAGGCCUUGUCACUGAAGUUUUCCCUGAGAGCACCUUUGAGACAGAAGUCUGGACCAGGCUGAAAACAUAUGCGAAGCUCCCGCCAAACGUCAUGAGAGUUUCCAAAGAGUUAAUCAGAAAUCAGGAGAAACAAAAGCUCUAUACCGUGAAUGCCGAAGAGUGUGCCGCAAUCCUGGAAAAGAUGCCAAGAGAGGAGUACAAGAAGGCACUCAGGAACUUCCUGUCUGCAAAGGCAAAGGCUAAGCUAUGAAGACCACCAGAGCGGGCAUGCGCUGAGAGUCCCAGACUCCUCUGUGCCCUUGUCAUUGCUAGCACAGCAGUUAUGUAGAGAGUGCCUCAGUUAUGACCAAUAAAAACUCCCAUGAAACAAGUCUUAAGAAUGUAUGCAGAAUAGCUAGGAUUGACCUGCCCCAGAGGGUGAUAGACCUCUACAAUGAAACCUUUACAUCUCUGAACAAAGAAAGAUAGAGAAAAACACUAGAAAAUGGAAAGACAACCUAGAGGUCAUGAAUUGGUAAAGUUAAUACUGUAAAAAUGACUAUUCUACCAAAACCCAUCUAUAGGUUCAAUGAUGUCCCACUCAAAAUCUCCAUUUACUUCAGAGAAAUAGGUAAAAACUAUUUUCUAAAAUUCAUAUGGGUUCAGAAAAGACCCCAGUAUAACCAAAAUGAGCCUGUACCAAAAAAGCAGUGCCAUCGAAUAUACCACAGAGCCAAAGUAGGAAAAGCAAUAUGGCUCUAGUGCAAAAAAAAAUACGUGGUGACCAAUAGAACAGAAUCAAACAUGAAUACAUGUAACUAUAAUCUCCCAACAUUUUACAAACUCACCAAAAACAUAUACUGGAAAAAAGACAGCAUCUUCAACAAAAGGAGCUGGAAAACCUGGAUGACCAGUUGGAGAAGAAUGAAGUUAGAUCUGUACCUAUCACCUUGAACGAAAACACCAAAUGGACCAAAGACCUAAGUGUGGCUCCUCAACCUCUGAGACUGCUGGAAGAGACACAGGCAGUGCUAGAGAUGAGAGGUAUAGGGAAGGACUUUCUGAAUAAGAUCCCACUUGCCCAGGAACUACAGCCAAUAAAUUGAUAAAAGGGACCUCAUAAAACUAUUUCAAGCCAUGUGGAAAUCAGUGUGGAGAACCCUCGAAAGGCUAAGAAUCAGACUACCAUAUGUCUCCCCUUUACCACUCCUCAGCACAUGCCCAGAGGACUCUGUAUCCUAGUCCAUGGAUACUCAGCCAUGUUCAUUGCUGCCCUAUUCACAGUGGCUAGGAGAUAGAAACAACCUGUCCUAGUUACUUUUUCUAUUGCUGUGAAGAGACCCCAUGCCCAAGGCAGUGUAUAAAAGAAAGCACUUAAUAGGGAGCUUUCUUAGUGUUUCGGAGGAUGAGUCCAUGGUUACCAUGAUAGGAAGCAUGGCAGCAGAUAGACAGGCAUUACGCUGUAGCAAUAGCUAUAUCCUAGUCUAUAAGUUAGAGAGGUGGGGCUGGUACUGAAUCUGUGAUGGGCUUCUCAAAUCUUCCAACAAGGCCUCAUCUCUUAAUCCUCCCAAAACAGUUCCACCAAAUGUGGACCGAGCAUUCAAAUAUAUGAGCCCUUGGGGAUCAUUCCCAUUUAAACCACAAAACAAUAUAAAUGUCCUUCAAUUAGCAGCAGAUGAUUAAAAUAUGGCACGUACAUACUAUGGAAUGCUGUUCGGCCACAAAGAAAAAUGAAAUCACGAACUUUGCAGGCAAAACCCAGACCUAGAGAGACAAACAUCUCAUGUUCUCUCUAAUCUGGUUCCUAGCUUCAAGUUUUCAGAUGUGAGUAUAUAACCUGGAGUAACUGUAGAAACCAGGAAAGUAAAAGGGGAACAUUGGGGACCCAGUAGGAGCAUAUAGGGUACACAUGAUUUGACUGGAGAAAUAGAAAAUGAAGGGCUCUAAUUAGGGAGGGGUGGAGGACAAAUGGCAAGAAAGGAGGGUAAAAUAACAGUAAGGAUGUCUGAAAUGUCAU